CCCACCGUUCUUGUCUCCUUCCUAUCCAUAUUUAUUAUUGGCUUCACGUACGUUCUCCAUUCGCUCUCUUUCUCACCCCACUCGAACUCAUCCUCUGCCGCUGGGUUCCCUGAUUCUGCAUGCGCUAGCUCUGCAUAUCCGAAGAUUUUUUUGAGAUUACCCCUUAACGGUUGGCUCCAAAGAUGGAGAUCACAAAUGUCAACGAGUAUCAGGCCAUCGCGAAGCAGAAGUUGCCCAAGAUGGUCUACGACUAUUAUGCGUCAGGAGCAGAGGACCAGUGGACUCUUCAUGAGAACCAAUAUGCUUUCUCAAAAAUCUUGUUCCGACCCCGUAUUCUGAUUGAUGUGAGCAAGAUAGAUAUGGCUACCACUGUCCUGGGAUUCAAGAUAUCAAUGCCUAUCAUGAUUGCCCCAACAGCCAUGCAGAAGAUGGCUCAUCCUGAAGGGGAGUAUGCAACAGCAAGAGCUGCAUCAGCAGCUGGAACUAUUAUGACAUUAUCUUCGUGGGCUACUUCUAGUGUUGAAGAAGUUGCUUCCACCGGACCUGGCAUCCGCUUUUUCCAGCUUUAUGUUUACAAAGACAGGAAUGUAGUAGCUCAGCUUGUGAGGAGAGCUGAAAGAGCUGGCUUCAAGGCCAUUGCACUCACUGUUGAUACCCCUAGGCUUGGCCGCAGAGAAGCUGACAUCAAGAACAGGUUUACACUGCCACCAUUCUUGACAUUGAAGAACUUCGAAGGUCUAAACCUUGGAAAGAUGGACAAGAGUGAUGACUCCGGACUUGCUUCAUAUGUUGCCGGUCAAAUUGAUCGCACUCUGAGCUGGAAGGACGUGAAGUGGCUUCAGACUAUUACCUCACUGCCCAUCCUGGUGAAGGGGGUGCUUACGGCUGAGGAUGCUCGGCUCUCCAUACAAGCUGGAGCAGCUGGCAUCAUCGUGUCCAAUCACGGUGCUCGGCAACUGGACUAUGUUCCUGCCACCAUCAUGGCUCUAGAAGAGGUUGUCAAAGCUGCGCAAGGAAGGGUGCCUGUGUUCCUGGAUGGCGGUGUUCGUCGUGGAACUGAUGUUUUCAAAGCAUUGGCACUUGGAGCCUCUGGCAUAUUUAUUGGACGCCCCGUCGUGUUCUCACUGGCUGCGGAAGGCGAGGCUGGCGUGAGAAAGGUGCUUCAGAUGCUGCGUGAGGAGUUCGAGCUGACCAUGGCACUGAGCGGUUGCCGCUCUCUCAAAGAGAUCACUCGCGACCACAUCGUGACCGAAUGGGACGUCCCUCGCAUCCGCCCAGCGCCCCGGUUAUAGACGCGAUCUCAUCAGCCGAGCAAGCGCAGCACGCUGAGAGACCCCCGGGGGGAACGAUAUAGUAUCGCAAGCGCCUGCCUUUUUUACUAUGGACAAACACAUGUUCCGUUUCGCUCAAUCAUGGCCGUGUUUGAAGAUUUCUAAGCUAAUGUAAACCAUGGCGACUGGUUAUUAUUUCGUGGCUAUCUGCUCCGUGCUGUAUAUUGUGUUACAAUC